AUUUUGCCGCUGCUGGAACUCCGCUCCGUCACCCACAGCCAUCUGUCUUAGCGAAUAUCUCUGCCUUGACACGCGCAAUUCCUGAAUCACCUACUCCGCUGUCACGAAAUCAUCCUGCCAUUCCCAGUCCUGCUCCUUUUUGGUCUUCCAACAUGGAUUCCUCACGUUCGUCGGCGCGUAUUUCGCGUACUUCACGUCUUCUCGACCCUGCCAUGAUGGCAAUCACCAAGCAAAAAGCUGAAGCCAUGAGGCUAGCAAAAGAGCAAGCUGCUGCUGUGCAGGAAAUGUGCCGUCGAGCCAAGACGGAUGUCCCUAACUACGAAUUCGAAGAGCUCAUUGGAAAGGGUGCCUAUGGUCGGGUUUACAAAGGCCGUCAAUUGCCGUCUCGUCAACUAGUAGCAAUCAAAGUCAUGGAUAUUGACACGCUUGACUACAAGUCGAUUCGAGACAUGAAGGACGAGUCAAUCAAGGACUUCAUCCACGAGACCAAGGUCAUGCAGCAAGUCAAGGACGCAGGAGCAAAGAACAUCAAUAUGCUUAUUGAAGCGAUUUCUAUCCACUCUCAACUGUGGUUGGUCUGCGAAUACUGCCCAGGUGGAAGCGUCAAGACCCUGAUGCGAGCCACGGGUGAUAAACUCGAGGAGAGAUUUAUCAUCUCGAUCGCCCGUGAGCUUGCAGAGGGGUUGCGAGCUAUCCACGACGCGGGAAUCAUCCAUCGGGAUGUAAAGGCCGCAAAUAUCCUCAUCCAUGAGGAGGGGAGAUUACAGAUCUGCGACUUCGGUGUCGCGGGGGUUUUGCAAUCCAAGCUGGACAAGCGGUCCACUUGGAUUGGCACCCCCCACUGGAUGCCGCCAGAGAUGUUUUCGACCCGUGGUGGGGGCGCGCACCAGUACGGGAGCGAGAUCGACGUCUGGGCGUACGGCUGCACGCUCUACGAGAUCGCAAGGGGGAAUCCCCCCAAUGCGGGUCUACGAGAGCCGAUGCAGAUCGGACGCCAGCUGACGAGAAUCGCUCCCAAGCUGGAGGGUGACGGGUUCAGCAGCCAAUUGAAGGACCUUGUGUCCUUCGCCCUGAACUCCGAUCCCAUGACGCGCCCCACGAUGGCGGAUAUCCUGGAGCACGAGUACAUCGCCAAUUCGGCCGAGGCGUAUCCCACCUCGUCGCUGAGUGAGCUGGUACGUAUUUACUACCAGUGGGCUCAACGAGGUGGGCAGCGCAUCUCCCUGUUCAACCCAGGGGGUGCCAUGGCUGCUGAGUUCCCCGGUGACAAUGAGUCCUUCGAGGACUGGAACUUCAGCACCACGGACGGUUUCGAAAAGCGGUACUCAAUCAUCGAUCUCGACGAGCUUUCCGCCUCCCUGGCCGAACUUGAAGGGGAGAUGACCCCCAUGGCUCAGCAGCCCGAGCGGAGCCUGUUCGACGACCCUCCCAGUACCGAAAUGUCUGCGGAGGAGAAGCUCAACUUCGACGAACGGGUGAAGCGAGGUGCUGCGGCCAUGGAAGGUCUUUUCAACGAGGAAAUGCCGACGUACAAGUACGAGACGAAGAAUGAUUUCGUGCCCGUGGAAGCCCAGCAAAGAUACUCCGACCUCCCGCUCCGAACAGACACAGACCGUUCGUCCGUCAUGUCUACUUUCAUUGACAUGGACCUUGGCUCGUUCGAUUCUGCCCACUACGCCGCUGGUUCUGCUGCCAACCACCCGUUCCAGCUGGCUGACGCAGAUACCAUUCGUGCCAACAGAUCGAGCCUUCGUCGUAACGAGGAUCAGUCACGUUCGCGGUUGAGCAACAUGGAGAGCGGCGACCACCAGGAGACCCCAUCGUACCAGCCACAGACAGGCCCCCGCCCGCCAACAAUGGAGUGGACGUUUCCAGCAUGUACGCAACCGUCCACUGAAGACAACACCGCAGAGCAGCAGACGACCGUCGCUGCCACAGACCCCCAGACAGAAAAACGAGCCACCAUGGAGUGGUCGUUUCCCGUCAUGACACCAGCUGAUAACAGUCAGGACGUCGUCGCUGGUCGUCAAGAAGACACCCUCAGAGCGCCAGUGAAUCAGCCACUGACCAGUCGCCUACGUGGACAAGGUGACAGCACGGAUGACUCUCGUCCUUCUACCGCGCAAUCCGGUGCUUCCAUUACUUCCGAGACCGACUAUGAUCCUUUCCGUUUUGACCGUGGUUCUACACCUCCACGGAAUGGUCCUCCAGGGAGACACAGAACGCCCAUUUCGGGUAACGCUUCAGAUGACGACAUUGGAUCUCCAGGAGAUGUCCUCGAACAAUCCGUUAUUCUUGAUGGACCUGGUCCAGAUGAGGAAGAAAACGACGUGGUUCACUCCCCAUACUGGUCUGAGCAAUACCAUCCUAAUCUUCCUACCGCUCGUCCAGAUGGUCCUUCGCAAGCUGCAGGGUUUGGGCCGUCUCGCCGUUCAGAACAGACAUCGCUUUCUGGAACGACGGUCACGAGCAACCUGCCACACAUCACCUUCCCCGAGAUCCGUCCUCCAAGCGCUGAGAGCUUGACUGAAGGUGCCGAUGAAUCGGUUGUUUCAACAGAGCUUGACAGAUUGCUAGGUGAUUUCCUUAGUGCUCUAUCUGCGACAGGAGAAGCGCUAGCUACGGUCAGCACUGAGCCAACCCGCUAUCGAAACGCGAGUGCCAACCGCAACGGAACUGAGCAGUGAGAAUACUCACUUGUAUCCGAGCUAAUAGCCCCUAACAACCACACAUGCGGUCAACGAAACAUCAUAACAUGAUUUCUUCUUUUACCUGUUUUCACGAAUCUCGAAGUUACCGAGAACAUUGCAUGCAUGAGCCACGAAUGAAAAGUUUCUUUUCGAUGAAGACCGCAUUUAGGUCCUUCUUGGGUGGUUACGAUUGAAUUCGAUUCAUCUUUGGUGAUGGCGUUGAGGACACGAGUGAUUGGCCGAUGGCCAGAUGGGAUCAUGGCGUUGGUGGUGGGAUUGAUUGUUGUUUUUGAAAUUUGUAAUUCCUGAAUAUGUAUUACGAGGAUCAUCCAUGAGAUCGUUAAUUAAGUGUUUGCUGAUGAGAUCUACAAC